UUCAACCUAAAACCAGAAAAUGUUUUCCAACAUCGAUCAUAAAGCUGUGGCUGCACUCCUUCAUGGCCAAGGAUGCGCUAACAUCCUCAAGACGGUUCUCCACAACCGCGAAAUAAGCUCGGUGUCAACAGAACCGCUCAUCAACACCAUUCUUGAUUCUUUCUCACUAGCUCUAUCUUUUGUGAACUCUCCUAAUCCUCAACCAGACCAUCAGUCUUUUUCUCAAAACAUGGCAAGUCUUAUGCCCCGGAGAUCAUCUAAGAGGAAGAUUUGCGGAAUAAAAGGUUUAGAGAAUUACAGAGAUGAUUUCCAAACUCCGCGCCUUGACGAUGGCUUCUCCUGGAGGAAAUAUGGACAAAAAACCAUCAAAACCUCUCGGCACCAAAGGUCUUACUAUCGGUGUGCCUAUGCAAAAGACCAAAACUGCAAUGCUACAAAGCGGCUGCAGAUGAUCCAAGACAGUCCUCCAGUAUACAGAACGACUUAUCUGGGACAACAUACAUGUAAAGCUUUUACAGUUCAGGCUGAUAUAUACAGUCCUGAAAUGAUACAAUUUGACAAAGUUGUGUCCGAAUCGGUUACGCCUCAACUGGCAACAAUUGACCAACAAGCAAUUGUCAUUGAGGACAAAGCCACAGAUCAUACCAAGAACCAAGAAUGUCAUAUCAGCGACUUUUUAGUUGAUUAUGACGAACUUUGGCUGAAUGAGAUUCCCCCAUUUUCAUCGGGAGACCUUUCAUUUGACAACAACAUUGUUGCUUUUAAUUAGAACCCUUUCCAGUUUUAAACAAUAAAGCUAUCAAGCUUUUUAUGUAAUUAUGGUGGAGAUUGAUUGUUUCUUCACUUCUUUUCAAGCUCAUGUUUUGUAAUUUAGAUUCAUAUGCGUCUACCUUCUUUUGCUUUAAAUGUCUCUUUUUUUUGGUGUAAAAGGAAUUUUUGUUAAUUAUGUAUUUUUUGCGGUUUUUUAAAAAUAAAAGAAAAGAUUUAAUUGGUGACACUAGUUUGAAGAAUUGUUGAGGAAAUGUUGUGGAAUUUUAGUCACA